AUUCCGUUGUGCUUCUAAUCUUCUCAAGUUUUGAGUCGUCUGUUGGAUUUUGAUUUCCGUCGCCUCAACUUGUUGUUCAAAGUAUGGUCUAAUUCCUCCUUCGUGCACAUAUGGCUUAUCUAUGGAUACUACGGCCAUUGUUACUAAUUAAUCACAAUUUAACUUGCUGAUGAUUUCUGAUUAUGCUAAUGGGUGGUGAUAAUUGUCUGUCGUACGAAUGCUCAAUUUUGCCUUCAUGAAUUUUGACCAUUUCGAAUUGGGUCGCUCCUGCACACAGAGUCGCACUCACAAACUUAACAUACCAGACAUACACCCAAAUCCACGACCCUAUUUUUCAGACUAUACCAAUAUAUCAAUACCCAGACUAUAUCUAGCUUGAAAAUUAGAGGAACUAUAAUAUGAGAGUUUCAGGAUCAGUAUCAAGACUUGUUGUACUGGUAUUAAUAUGGGCUUCAGUAGUAGUAGCGUAUCAACAAUUUUGUAAAUGUGAGUGCAACUCCAAGUUUGUCAUUAAGCCCAUAGACAAAUGUGGAUCAUGUACAAAAGAUUUCUGCUUAGAAGUUGAUAGUACAAUUUGUUCAAUUGAAGGUAAUAAUGAUGGAUCGGAAGAAGAUGUGCGAUCAGAAGUUGAGAAAAAUAUUAUUAUCAGUUGCUACCAAAUAGAGUCCCCUAAGGAUGCUCUUAUAAUUUAUCUUUUCGCUGGGCUUGUUGUUUCCUUAUUUGUAAUAUCAGUGUAUCAGACUUAUUUUAAUUACAUGUCUGUAGAAGACCACUUUGAGUCAGCUGAAUCGUUCAAACAAUACGCUAAUGCUACUUUAAAUAAUCUACCACAUCGCUGCAUAGUCGAGAAGGUCGGUGAACUUGAUCCUCAUAGUAUUGGUAUUUUGCUUAGAAUGAAGGAAAUCAAGUACACCAGGAAAGUGAUACAUCAACACUUUCAUAUGAGUCUUAGACUUAACUUCCUUACAGGUAAUCAAUCUAGAACUGUUGAUAAUGAUACUUAUCCUCAUAUCGAAGUUAGAACCAUAAGAAACUACAAUACAGUCUAUGAGUUUUUAGAAGCUAAUUCUGAUGAUAUCUAUGUAGAUCAGCUUGUGAUCUACCAUAACAGUGACUUCACUAAUCUUAUGAAUCUACUUUGCAAGUUUAAUGUAUUCUUCUUAACACGUGUUACCACAUUAAGUGUUGUUAUAGAAAAUGGAGUUUGCUGGGGUAACAUCAAUUUAAACUUAUUACUCAGCUUCCACAAUUUGAAAUCACUUACAUUUAAUAACAUUGAUUUCCAGGAUUGGGAAUUUACCAAUCUUGGCCAUUUGACUUCAAUUGAAGACAUUCACUUGAACUCAGUCGUAUUCAAGCAUUGGCAAACAUUUUCGUUUCCUAAAUCUGUAAAGAAUCUAUUCAUAACAGCAAACUCCAUCAAGGAUAUUAAACAUCUCCAGAUUCCAGAACAUUUGGAUCAUCUUUCAUUAACUAUACCUGACUUGUCGGACUCGUUUUUAAAGAAAAUCCUUCAUGGAAUAAGUGAUUUAAAAACAUUAACUAUUCAUGAUUCCAGGCUUAAACACUUGGAUGGGAAGGAACUUCCAAUUGGACUAAUUGACUUUACAAUUUCAGACAAUAAGGUUCGACUUAAAUCUAUUGAGAAUUAUCCAUACACUUUAAAACACUUUAAAUACCAUGUACAUAGUUAG